UAGCUCGUCUUUCAAACAAUUCUUCUACCGACUUCGCUUUUGAUACCACUCAAGACAACAUGAACGCAAAGCAAGUGAUGGACGCUUUCAUGAAAGCUCUCCAAGAAGAGCGAAAGCAAGAACACGAAGAGCGAGGCCGAUUGUUAAAGCAAGGACAUGAAGAGCGAAAGGGAUGGUUCUUCUUCAUCGCUGCGCUGGUCUUCGGUUUACUCUUCCUUUUGGGCUGGGCAUACCGUCAUUGAACCUGUCAAGUACGCCGCCCAUUCACGUUCUCAAUUUCGAAAGCAGUAUUAACAAGUCUAUCCAGGUCCGUAAGUUCGUCCCUCGAUCGUCCCUCGAUCGUCCCUCGACACAACACUGCCGGUCUUUUCGAUGGUAGUAUCAAAGAUCAUAUCGGGUGGUAGAAGUAAAGCAAAGCAUGGUCUGGCGUUUGGAAUUCUGAGUAUCGAUGGAGCAUAGAUCUCUUUCAGGAGUAUUGCAUUGGUGGCUAGCUAAGUGAAUGGAUAGAUGCGGCAUGUAUAGUCGAUUAAUCAAUUCAAUCACUCAACCCUUGACCUACC